AUGCAAGUCACGGAGCAAGAUGAAAGAAAAGCCGACACUAUCUUCAUCAACGGCAAGAUCUUCACCGUCAACCCAGACCAACCAUGGGCCAAGGCCGUCGCGAUAAAGAAGGGGCGAUUUGUAGGUGUGAGCACUUCCAACGAAGAGAUUCUGGCCCAAUUCGGUGGAUCCAAUGAGACAGAGGGAGGUUAUCUGGGGAACAAAUUUGUCAUGCCAGGAAUCAUCGAUGCACACAUCCGUGCCUUGAAUGGAGCUGAUGAUCUGGCCAAUCUACAAAUCCAACAACGCGGUGAUCCAGAUGCCAUGUUGGCUGAAAUCAAAGCCUACGCUGACAACAACCCAAAUCUUGCCAUCAUUCGAGGGUCCGCAUGGAAUCUGGGCGUGUUGCCAAAUGACAAUCCGCACAAAGCUCUGCUAGAUGCAAUUGUCCCCGAUAGGCCCGUCUUCCUCUACUCUCAAUCAGGUCACAGUGCGUGGCUCAAUUCCAAGGCACUCGAAAUGGCCGGUAUUACCAAAGACUCUCCCAUUACCAAAAACUUUACCUAUUCCAAAGACCCCGGCACGGGAGAACCCACGGGACAGGUUGAUGAGUAUGCCAUAGGCCAUGUGGAAAAGAUUCUCCCGCCCACCAGUCCGGAACGCUUGUUGCCGGGCAUUUGUAAGAUUCAGAAAAUGCUCCACUCGUCUGGCAUUACCACGGUCAAAUUGGCCGAGGGGAGACUCAACUGGGCCCAAGGAGCCGCCCUCUUGGAAGAGAAACAUCAAUUGACACUGCCGCAUGAUGCUGUCGUGGGAUUGGGGAUCGCAUUAUGCUCCUCAUUCGGCAGACGACGCCGAAGCAUAUGCCCAGCAGUGGAAGGAUCGGGCCACGGACCCGUUGGACGCGCGCAGUAUAAAAAUAUUUGA